AUGUCGACGUCAUUAAUUCGUUCGGCGCGAUGUACGGCGGCCGAGAUUCUCUCCAUUUCCUCGCAGAUCAUCCACGCGCUCAGCUCGCUCCUCCUGCUCUUUCGCGCCCUCGUCGCCCUCGCCGCCUGCAGACUCGCCUUGACGUUUCUCUUGCCGCCGCUCCGCGCCGUACAGAGAAUCGUGCGAUUCGUGUGCCUCGUCGAGACCUGGCUCUCGGCCAUUGUACGCGAUAUUGAGUUCUACGGUAAGGCUCGGGAUUUGGAGCACAGGGAGGAGUACACGGAGAAUGCGGCUUAUGCAUGGAGUUGCGAGGGCGUUGAGCAAGUAGGUUGCGACGAAUGGUCGCCAUGGGAUCAACUCAGGCUGUCGUCGUCGUCGCUAGGCGAUAAAUCUUCUCCGGGUAGGUUAUGGGACGAGGAUAACAUGAGGCGAUGGGUUGAGGAGGCGAGAGCUGUUGCGAAGCUCGCCACUGCAGCAGGCGAAGAGGACCUUGUAACAAGAAGAGGAGGCGAAGGGCGGAGCAGGACUAUCGCAGCGGGUACGUCCGGCGAGCUUCACGUGCAAGAAAACGACGCCCUGCGACACGAGCUCCAGCAAGCGCGAGCGACGUGCGACGCUCUACGACAAGAGCUCGAGCAAGAGUGGGUGCUGAGCGACAGUCUGCGACGGGAGCUGGAGCAGGAGCGGGCGGCAGCGGACAGCGCUGCGAUGGCGAGCAUGGAGUCGAUCCGACGGCUGCAAGACGAUAAAGCUGCCGACCAGUUAGCCGCCCGGCAGAGAGAGAGGAUCUUAGUCGAGAAAGCGCGGUACGAGGAGGAGGAGGUAGAGGGUUUAAGGGCGGAGGUGGAGAGGCAAGGCGAGGAGAUUCUUCUGCUGCGCGAACAGAUGGCCGCUGUCGCCGGUUUUCGCUAUGUUACAAGUGAAACAAAUCAUGACUGUGCGGAAACAGAAGGUGACGGAGGUGAUUCAGGAGGAAGAGAGGACGAGAGUUCGGUUAGAGGGGAGGAAGAGGAGGGAUCGGAGAGAGGAGCGCGCAUUCACAACAUUGAAGAAGACCAGGGGAGUCACAGGGAUGGUGGUGCGGGUGGCCCCCGCUGGCUGCAGCAGUGCUUGAAGCUCCGGCGGCGGUGGCGGGGUGACGCUGCUUCCCUGUCAUACGCUCUGGGUGGCCUCCUCAGGCCCUUCCUCCCUGCUGCCAAAGCCGCUGACGCUGGGUUGCUGGCUCCUGUGCUCCGUCCACCGCUCCGUGAACCUGCUGCUGCUGGCAUGGCUUCUGGUUCUGGAGCUGCUGAUGCUGCUGCUGGUGCGUCUUGUGCUGGUUGGGCUGAUGGUGACGCUUUGCAGACUGGGAGCUGUGAACGUGAAGAUGAGGUGGAAGGUGGAGUCUUAGAGAGUUCGGCUGUGGUGGAAGAAUAA